AUAAACCCUGCUCUAUAUCACAGUAUAUAGAGGGGAAAUCUGUUUUUGUCACCUCUGUGAUAAGGUGAAUGUAAAACUAGAAAACCUAUCGGGAUCACUGCAGUUUUCCCAGUGGACCCAGUGGUAGCAGGUAGUGAGGAUGGACCGAUUCUUUUGUGUGUCACUAUCCUCUGUGUGGUCGUGGCAGGACAGCCGCAGUCUGCUUGUCUUCACUCUAGUCUUCUUGGUGAUAGCAACAUAUUUAAAGAACCGUCGGCCCAGCAGCUUUCCUCCAGGACCCUGGGCUCUUCCUCUUGUGGGGACCCUGUUCUCCGUAGACUUUAACAAUGCACAUAAAGACAUGACUGAGUUAGCAGAGAAGUAUGGGAAUGUGUACAGUCUGAAAAUGGGCUCUUCGUGGAUCGUGGUGUUGAAUGGCCUCAAUGCCCUGCAAGAAGGUUUGCUCACCAAAGGAGACAUCUUGGUUGACCGACCAUUAUUUCCGAUCCACACUGAUGUGCUCCCCGACCUGGGUAUUAUUUUCAAUAAUGGAUAUAUGUGGAAACAGCAAAGGCGAUUUGCCCUCUUCACUCUCAAAUACUUUGGACUUGGCAAGAAAUCCCUGGAAUCAACCAUACAGGACGAAUUUAAUUACAUGUCCAAAGAGAUGGCUAAUCAUAAAGGCAAACCCUUCAAUCCACACCUCAUUAUGAACAACGCUGUCUCCAACAUCAUCUGCUCCCUGAUUUUUGGUCACCGCUUUGAGUACGACGAUGAGAAGUUUCUCACUUUGAUUAAAAUGAUCGAUGAAGGAACUCAAAUUGAGGGCUCCAUUUGGGCACAGCUGUACAAUGAGUUCCCCAUGCUGAUGAGACGUUUGCCGGGCCGACACCGCACCCUCCAAAAGCUUUAUGGUGAAAUAUUCAAGUUUAUGAAAAUAGAAAUCAAUCAGCACAAGAAAGACUGGGACCCCUCUGAGCCCAGAGACUUCAUCGACUGUUACCUGAAUGAGAUUCAUCGGAACAAGAAGGACGGUGAAGUGGAUGCUGGUUUUCAUGAGGACAACUUGGUGAUGUGUUCGUUUGACCUGUUUGGUGCUGGCACUGAGACCACAUCGACCACCCUGCGCUGGGCUUUUCUCUACAUGGCAAAGUACACUGAGAUUCAGGAAAAAGUCCAGGCUGAAAUAGACAGAGUGAUUGGACAGUCCAGACAGCCGAGCAUGGAGGACCGUGCAAACCUGCCCUACACUGACGCUGUCAUCCACGAGGUCCAGAGGAUGGGCAACAUAGUUCCUCUCAGUCUGCCUCACAUCACCAACAGAGACCUCAAGCUGGGAGGCUACACUGUCCCAAAGGGUGUUACGAUUAUUCCCAAUUUGACCUCGGUGCUGUUCGAAAAGACCCAGUGGGAGACACCCCACGUCUUUAACCCAGGACACUUUCUAAACCAGGAGGGCAAAUUUGUGAAGAGAGAUGCUUUUGUCCCUUUCUCUGCAGGUAAGCGGGUGUGUCUCGGGGAGAAUCUGGCCAGGAUGGAGCUCUUCCUCUUCUUCACCUCCCUCAUGCAGCGCUUCACCUUCUGCAUGCCUCCCGGGGUGGAGCCUGUGCUAAAGCCCCGCGUUAGCGUCAUUCUCUCACCCAGCCACUAUGAAAUCUGUGCCACACUACGUUAAGCAGCUAUACUCCUCCUCGGGUUGUGAUUCAGAACAUUAAUGGGGAUAUACUUGAAGCAUCCUCAUAAAGCUCUUCAGACGCAU